GGUAAUUUCGUCUACUUGGCUGUCCUUGGAGAUCUCCUUGACGUUUGUCGAUACUCCGCGACCGGCUUUCGGUAUACGAUGAUCUAUCGGGCGAACGAGAUCGUUGCCACCUGCAGUAGUACAGUCGUGUAAGAAGAAGAAGAAGAAGAAGAGCACUGAAGAUAAAGAAGUCAUUUGACAUAACUACAAUGUAUAGACUGACCCUAAAAUUAUCAAAGUACAAACCAUGACGCAACGAAAACUGUAUAUGUAGUGUUAUUUCAGUCAGAUUUUCAUUCGGAGUAGCUCGUACACGUACUAAUAUAUGAGUGCAUGCGCGACAUCACGUUUAUAGUCUGAUAAAGGAGGACCUAACAAGUCCUCAACAUCGUUUCAGUACGUAAAUACACCAGGUUUUGAAACAACGUAGACCACGUCGAAUCUCACUUCACUCGUCAACGAACCCAGCACGAGCAUCAAGAUGAAGACCUUCUCCUUGGUUCCUCCACAACAAGCCUCGUCCCAAUCUCAACAUGAAGCAGGGACACCACAACAAUCUCAUGAAGCAGGGACACCUGCAUGGCGGAUCGGCGACUCGGUUUGGGUUGCUGACCCUCAGGAUGGCUACGUCGCAGGGUUCGUCUCCGAAACGGAACCACAGAUUGUCGUACUUGUUUUUCUUCUUGCAAUGAGCUACGUCGUACAGUUUCUGAUUCUACUGUUCAAUUUCGUGUAGCAGGAGUCCAAUUCAAAAAAUUGAAUUUUCUCUAGGUCGAGCAAUCCUCUGCCAGCUCGAGAAGUAGUGCAAGUGGCUUGACACGUCGACCCAGUGGGAGUCGCACCUAUGAGGUUGGUGCGAAAAGACUCAGAAUAUUCCCACGUGAACGCAGUGACGAAGAUGAGACCAAUUUGCUAAGCAGGAGACGAAGCAGUGCUGGUGGUGUAGGAGGUUCAUCUUCUUCCUCGUCAUCUUCAUUUGCUGCAGCUGGUUCCGGACGCAACAUGAUUGGAGGUUUCGCAACAUCAUUGUCAAAGUCCUCCUCUGCGUCCAAUGAGGGUAAAAAUGACUGCACAAGCUUGACCUAUCUCGAUGAAGCGAACAUUUUGGAGAAUUUGAGGGUUCGCUAUGUCUCUGACCAGAUCUACACUUUCACGGGUGCCGUUCUUUUCGCAGUGAAUCCUUACAAGCCUGUCUACUUGGACACAGAGCGGAAGCGACUUGAGUACAAGAACUUGAGCAACAUCCACAGUCGACCGCCUCAUCCUUACGCGCUUGCGGAUUUGGCCUACAGACAACUAGUAUGCGACAAAGAAUCGCAAGCUAUGGUAAUCAGUGGAGAAAGCGGAGCAGGAAAGACGGAGACAGCUAAGAUAGUGAUGAAAUUCUUAGGGGAACGGUCUAGAACAGAACAGUCCCAAGCAGCAAGCUUGCAGGAGAAGAUCCUUAGUGCAGCGAACCCAUUACUGGAAUCAUUUGGAAACGCGACUACGAUUAGGAAUGGUAUUAAUAAGGCUCCUCGACAUAUGAUAUCAUUACUUUCGUUAAUCUGUGGUUCUCGUAGGUCACUGGUAUGAAGAUGUCCUUUGGUCAUCCUCAUGGUCGUUCUUCAAUGAAGAUACUAUAAUUAUCUAUAUUAUAAACCAAAACUUAUUUUGAAUGCUAAACAGGAGUGAACUUACGCCUUGAGAUGUACGCAAAUCAUGGCAAAGAUGUACGGGCGAGAUGUAUACGUCUGAGAUAUAUAUCUCGAGAUAUAUAUCUUAUACGUAAAUCACGGGAAAGAUGUACUCUUGAGAUGUACUCACACCGGGGCGAUUCAUGGUAGGUUUCCAAAGUUCCACUUUUUUGAGAUGUACGGAAAUCAUGGGAAAGAUGUACGGGCUAGAUGUAUACAUCUCGCGCCGUAAAAGUGCCGCGCUUUUGAGUACAACUUUCCUGCGAUUCUGCUCCUGCUAAGGCUUUCGGCAGUACCUCAAAACCCUGAACCAACAGCACAGGCCAAGGACUGCGCUGCAUGGACAAAAAACGAAGAGCGAAGCGCCUCAGCCUGGGGCCAGUCAUCUCGUGAAGAAUGGAAAUCCGCUGCGUCUGCGUAUGUGCUACAAAAAGGACCCACAUGCAAACAAAGAAACGCAAACAGAGGCAAGCACCCAGCAGCUAUACGCUGAGCAAGUUAGCACCUGCGUGCUUUUUGGAUCAGGCGCCUGAGCUGGCUCAAAGAGUCAGACCUUUCAAGCAAGUCAAAAGUAGAAAGCGACUUCAUAAAGCUGCGCGCUUUGGGUAAGGAUCUCGAGCUGACUCAAAGGAUGGGGCCGCUCAAGCACAUCAAAAGUAGACAGCAACCGCAUAAAGCUGCGCCUUUUGGAUAAGAAGUCUGAGCUGGCUCAAACUAAAAGGCUGGGACCUUUUAAGCACCUCGAAAGUGGACAGCAAUCCCAUAAGUUUGCGCUUUUAAGAUAAGGAGUCUGAGCGGGCUCAAAGGGUGGGACCUUUCAAGCAGAUCAAAAGUAGACAGCAAUCUCAUAAAGUUGCGCUUUUUGGAUAAGAGGUCUGAGCUGGCUCAAAGGGUGCGACCUUUCAAGCAGGUCAAAAGUAGACAGCAACCUCGUAAAGUUGUGCUUUUUGGAUAAGGAGCCUGAGCGACGUCAAAGGGUGAGACCUUUCAAGCAGCUCAAAAGCAGACAGCAACGGCAAAGAUAAGAGCUGCGCUCUUUGGAUAACAGGUCUGAGCUAAGUCAACGGGCGACACCUUUCAAGCAGCUCAAAAGGAGGCAGCAACUUCAUAGCGUUGCGCUCUUUGGAUAAGGGGCCUGAGCUGGGUCAAAGGGUGGGACCUUUCAAGCAGGUCAAAAAUAGAUAGGAAACGCAUAAAGCCACGCGCUUUGCAUAAGAGGCUGGAGCAGGGUGAAAAGGUGGGACCCUUCAAGCAGGCCAAAAGUAGACGACAGCAAUCGCAUAAAGCUGCGCGCUUCAGAUAGGACGCCUGAGUGGCCUGAGCUGGGUCAAAAGGUGGGACCUUUCAAGCAGGUCAAAAGUGGGCAGCAAUUUCCUAGGGUUGCGCUCUUUGAGUAAGGCGCCUGGCUUGACUGAGUGAAAGCGUGGGACCUUACGAGCAGGCCAAAAGUAGGCAGCAGCUUCAUGAAGUAGAUUGCGCUUUUUGGGCAAGGAGCUUGAGCAAAGAAAGGCAAAAGGCGGGACCUCUCAAGCAAGCCAAGCCAAAAGCAGACAGCAGCCCCAUGGCGUUGCGUUUUUUUGAUAGGAUGCCCGAGCUUGGUCAAAAGGUGGGACCUUUCAAGCAGGUCAAAAGUGGGCAGCAAUUCCAUAAAGCUGCGCGCUUUGAAUAACCAAGCUGGCCAGAUCUGGGCCAAAGAGCGAGACCUUUCCAGCAGGUCAAAAGUGGGCAGCAAUUUCAUAGAGUUGCGCCCUUUGAUUGUGGAAGACCUCUGAGUGAGCUGACUGAAAGGCUGGGACCUUUCAAGCAGGUCAAACGUAGAGAGCAAUAUCAUACAGCUGCGCUUUUUGGGUGGGAGGUUUGAGCAGAGUCAAAAGCCGAGACCUUUCAAGCAGGUCACUCAAAGUAGGCAGCAACUUCAUAAAGCUGCGCCUUUUGGGUAGGGUGCCUGCGCUGGGUCAGAAGGUGAGACCUUCCCAACAAGUCAAAAGGGCCAGCAGCUUCACAGCGUUGCGCCGUUUGGAUGAGGGUCUUGAACUGAGCCAAAGGGUGGGACCUCUUAAGCAGCUCACAAAUACGCAGCAACUUCAUCGCGCUGCGCUUUUUGGAUCAGAAAAGAAUGGGCGCAAAGGACAAGGCCUCUCGAGUAAGCCAUAAGUAACCAGCAAGCCCAUAGGCUUGGGCCUGCUUUCUGAUCAGAAAGCUCAAGCGGCUCACAGAUUGCAUCGCGCAAGCACAUGAAAGCCGCACCGCACUGCUCGCGUGGCGUUGUUCUUGUUCACUUAGAUCAAAGCUUUGAGAUGACGCAUGCCCACACCUCUCGAGAAAGCCAGAAGCAGAUAGGGAAGCUAAGCGAUAGAGCGCAACUUGCCGUAAGCUUGGGAGGGUAAAUGGCUCACAGAGAGCAAACGCGAAGCAGCUGAAACGUAGGCAGCAACGCGACACCAUGAAGCUGCGUGAUUUGGAUGGAAAACCCAAAACGGCGCAAAGAGUAAAACCCCGCAAACAGGCCGAGAGUAGAACGGAGCCGCCCCCUAGUUCUCUCCACGGAAAAGAUCCACGGUAGACGUUCUCAUGGUGAGCGGAGUCGGGCGUAGUGCUUCGCCCACUAUGUGGAGAACCGAAAGCGACAAGCCUGGGGCCCCCCUCGUGACACUGCCAUGCCAGCCGGAGACGCAACACACUCCAAGAGUAGGGGACCCACGCCCAAAACCCGGGCCAGGGGGCGCGCGAGGUUCUCACGGCGAGCGGAGUCGACUGCAGUGCUUCGCCCAGCCACUACGCUGAGAACCGAAAACAGCAGGCCUGGAGUGAUCUGCUCAAGGAUUUGACUCUCGGCGUAUGUAUUUGGUUACCCGUUUGCCUCAUUCGUUCGAAGUGGUUCCUUUUGGGCGUUUCGGGUGCUGCCAGGGUGGGGGUUUAUGUAGCACGUAGUAGCUUGUAGCGCGGGGCAGGGCUGCUUUGCUUAUUCCAUAGCCCGCCACUCUUUACGUAAUUCGUAGCACGCCGGUAGGCCGUAUGGAUUUUAUGUAACUCGUAGCAUUUGCCAGACCCUUCCGCCCUGCCCCGGCGUGUGUACACGCCGGGGGCACGUGGGCGGUAUUAUUAUAGACGCAAAUAAAUUUUCUUACUGCCAAGUCAACACUAUUUCACAACUUACUAGGUAACUCCUCGCGGUUCGGCAAGUACAACAACCUAUGCUUCAAUGCGGUGGGAAGCUUAGUAGGUGCAGAAGUGCGAACUUAUUUGCUAGAGGCCAGUCGGGUCAUCAAAUCGUGCGAGAAGGAAAGGACGUACUGUUUUUUUGUAGUAGUUUGGUUUUGAUCAUCUCUUUUCGUGAAAAGUUCCUAUUGGAGAAAUAGAACAAGACCCCCGAAUACGUCGAACAAUAAGUUCAAUAAUUCACAAUCAUUUUACAGCACUUGAAUUCACCCUGUUCCUUUUCAUUCCAGGACCUACUGUGAUUACUCGUCGCUUACUUCAGGUAUCACGUCUUUCACGAGUUUUUCGCUGGCUGUGCAGACUUGUCCGACUUUUUUAUUGAUGAGAACCGCACGUACAAGCUUUUACAAACCUCUGCCCGCGCCCGCCCCGACGCGGACAACUACAGGGUCCUGCUUCAGGGUCUAGAGUUCCUCCAAAUCGAACCCACGCGCGAUGUUUUCAACCUACUGGCGGCAAUCAUUCACCUCGGCGAAUGCAGUUUCGAAGAGAAUCAACCGGACGGCGUCGGUGACCUGAAACUUGGCAUUCCAAACCGUCAGCAUUUCGAUUUUGCCUGUGCCGUAGGCGGCUUCGAAGAUCAGAAACUGAUAGAAUCCUGUACAAGGACUGCGACUUUCAUCAAAAAGGGCUUCACAAGAAGUACGCAAUCCAUGUGCCUCAAAUGGUUCAGCAAGGAACAGGCCAAUGGCGCAUUGCAGUCCCUCAUGAAGAUUCUCUACAGUCGACUCUUCGACUGGGUCGUGGAGAAAGUGAACGUGGCACUCAAUAUCGGAACGGAAACAUCAAAAAACUACAUCGGGAUCUUGGACAUCUAUGGAUUUGAACAGUUGGAGGUAUCGCUAUCUUCGCGUUAGUACGGGUACGCAUAGUAAAAAUUGUUAGAAGAUGUGAAGAUAGUGAUGAAGAUAUUCCUUAUGAUCCAACAACCUACUAGUACAUCUUCACCUUCACGACCAUGCUCCUAUAUUUAUAAAUAUGAUCCAACUAAGUACAACAUAGAGACAAAAAUACCUUCACGACGACCAUGAUCGUACUAGGUAAACUCUCUCGAGCAACUGUGUAUCAACCUGGCGAACGAGAGGUUGCAGCAGUUCUUCGUCGAGAAGGUGUUGGUCGCAGAGCAGCACAUGUACAGGAGUGAAGGGUUACAGUGGACUGACAUCGCGUUACCGGACGCUGGCCCAGUCCUGGGUGACAUUUCCCACGUCAUCACUGUCCUCGAGCAGAGCAACCAAGAGCGCGCCAAGGGCAUGCAGAAUGCGGUCAAUACUGCCUUUACCGAUCGCGUGCACCAGGCUAAGCGGAGGAAUGUGAAGCUCCCCUUCGUCGGCAAGAAAGCGCGUCGCAAAGUUCCAAUGGCUAGGAACGAAGGCUUCGUCAUCGGUCAUUACGCAGGUGAAGUCGAGUAUGACACCACGAACUGGAUCGAGAAGAAUGAAACCCGACUCAGACCAGCGAUGGAACAAGUGAUCAAGGAGAGCACCAAUCCUUUAGUAGCGGCAUUAGUUAAGGCUUGAAUUCUUGAUGAUACAACUACUGCUCAUAAUAUUCAGACUUAUUUCACAUUAUGUGAUUCAAUAAGACAGCUCUUGAAUUGAUGAUACAACUCCUGCUCAUAAUAUUCAGACUUAUUUCACAUUGUGAUUCAAUAUAAGAGGGCUCUACUUAUUGAUGUGCUUUAUUCCUUCUCAAGGGAACAAAACCUGCGUCAAAGAUCCACUCCAAGAUGAAAAUGAAUCUUAGUAACGUCUAAGUUAGCCGACGAAGAGGCGUGCAAUUUGGCGGAUCACAGCAUGCAAACGAUAGGGAAAAAAUACGUCGCGAACUUGGAAGAUUUGAUGAACACUCUGAACGAAUGCUCUCUGCACUACAUUCGAUGCUUCAAGCCGAAUGACGCACAGAAACCUGGAGAAUGGAGCGGACAAAUCGUCCUAGACCAAAUGGUUCAGUCGGGGACAAUUGAGCUAGUACGCGUCAUGCAUGACGGAUUUCCUAAUAUUAAGGCAGAUUUUUCUUGUUCAACGUAGAUCUAGAUUCGGUUUUACUAGAGGGGCCGCUCUGCUCGAAGAUACUUGAUUCAAAUAUCAAGUCCCAGUCCUACAUCACGGACACGGUAUAAAGAUAUUAGUACUUGGUCCUAGUCCAUGAUGGUCCUCGCGGAAUUCGAAGCAAGAAAGUCAUGAUGGACAACGAACCCGUACAACUAGUACUAGAAGUAUGCCACUUUCUACACCUCUUCUAAUAUGGGGUGUAAUUUCCAGGACUUGGCUGAUCGCUUUCUACCUUUGCUGCCGCAAGAAUUCGCAAAUUUGGAUGCGAGGAUGUUCGCCGAGGCUCUGAUGAUCGCGUUUGAAGUGCCACAAGCGGAGUGGACAGUGGGCAUUACGAGGCUUUUCCUCAAAGCUGGCAGGAUGGCAGUGCUAGAGGCUCUGCGGGCCUCUGGAGCGAGUGCAGGUCAAGACGUCGUGGCGAAACUGAGGGCACACGUAUGGCGCAAGAAGCUGAAGCGCUGUUUGCAUGUAAUCUCUUUCACGCUCUACAUGACGAAAUUGAUGCGCAACGUGCGGAAAGGGAGGCUACUCAAAGGUCUAGCUAGCGCAGCGCGAAAUUACGUGCGAUUGAUCCGGUGGCUUCACCGGGCACGUUUCUUUCUCAAAGAAAAAAGAAAAAGCAGCUUGCAGAGGAAGGUACUUGUACAGUUCGAGCAAACUAGAUCUAGAAAUUACGUGGUACUAUCUAUUACAUCUACCACUAAGAUCGUAGAGAUGCAGAAGAAAACUACUUCCAAUAACUACAAAUGCUUCUUCGUUUUAUCUCUAUUUUUUGCUAACCCUGUCUACUCCAGAUCUUCAGUACUCUCCGUGUCGCACGUGGUCUCGACGCUUGGCUGUGUCGUGUACGUGUGCGUAUGAACGCUCGCUGGCUACUCCAUUACCUUUGGCGGAUGCUUUUAUUGCACGUUCACGGCAGGCGGUAUAUCAUCUACAAGCUAAGACCGCGUCUCCAGACAGCGGCACGACGACGGCAACGAGCAGAAGGGAACUUGACAUUUGUCUUCCGUGUCUCGAUCUUAAAAGCCUACAUUCGAAAUCUGAUGGGAGAAAGGCGUGAAGUUGCGCGGGAGCGGUUGAGGCAGCGAGAAGAGGCGGAAAGACUGGAGAGGGAACGGUUGGAAAGACUGGAAAGGGAACGGUUGGAAAGACUGGAAAGGGAACGGUUGGAAAGACUCGAGGCUGAGAGGCUCGAAAAAGCAAGGCUGGAGAAGGAGCGUGUGGCAAGAGAGGCUGAGGAAGUCCGUCGCCUAGAAGAAGCUCGCCUGGUGGAACAAGAGAGGCAGGACCGAGAACGACGUGAGGAAGAGGAACGAGAACGAGAACGACUCUUAUUAAAAGCAGAAGAAAAGCGACGUCAUGAGCAAGCUAGAAUAGAAGAAGCGGAGCAAGCGCGACUCGAGGAAGAGAAACAGGCACGUUUAGAAGAAGAGCAGGCACGCAUUGAGCGAGAGCGCCUACUUGCCGAGGAGAACGCAAGAAACGAAGAAGCGCUGGCUCAGAAGGAGAAGAAGGAAGCAGAGCUACAACAGAAGAAAAUUUCUAGGACUUCAUCUUCGUCAAACAGAGCAGGAGAAGACCCUCAAGAGCCUGCCAUCUGGGAUGAAGGCGAGGCAGAAGCAGAUGAAGGCGCGCAACUAGAAGUGGCGCAAAAAAGACGGAGUAGCGCUGCCUUCAUCGCUCGUCGCACGUCUAUCGUGAAAACCAUGCGAUUCUUUUCUACGAUCGUGAGAGUGAAGCUUUUACUUAUUCAACGCAGGAAGAAACGCGCCACGAACACGAACACGAUGGGUGGAGGUUGUUUAGUAGUGCAAACGCCAAAUUUGAGUGUGAUCGAAGGAUUCUCGCCUCUCGACAAACAACACGACCAAGGGUGCUACAGCCCAAUUGCCUUAGAUGACGUAGAGCUGCCUGCUCUACCUGGUGAAGACCUGCAGAGAAUCCUUCAGAAAGUAGAGCGGACCAGUAGCGGAAGCACAGGAAGAGGAGAAAUACUGGGAGGAGGAAUAAAGCAGGUACUGAUUCUGAUCAAAAUUCUCUAUAGUUCUUAGUAGCAAGCUCCUAGUACAACUACUACUAGUUACAGACUUCGUACUUCUAUGUUGUUUUUUUUUUCAAUCAAUUCUUUCGCAAAAAUUAUUUUCAAAGUCAACCUUCGGAGACGAGCAUUUACAUGCAACAACGGCUAUGGAGGAUGAGCUGGGGCCUCCGCGAAUUGAUAUUGAAGACGAGUCACCGCUGGUGGGUCACCUUGGAGUCGGUUGGACUGACAACAGAACUUGUCCAACCCUGAAACGCUUCGGACCUCCUGGAACAUUGGACAAUCUACAACAGCUACAGGGAGCUUCAAAGGAAAGCGAUGGACAUGGAGGUGCAGGAGGAGCAGGUCACCAAGAACAAGUCGAUCGUUUUGGAGGAGGUGCUGGUGGUGGAGGAGGAUCAAGUAGUAGUAGUACAGGAGCAUUUCAUCGUAAUCAAGAAGAUGAUGUAGAUAGGGAUAGUAGAAAGAGAAACCACGAUGGCCAACAUCCUCUUCCUCACCCGGGCGCGCCUUUCUCUCAGCAUUUGCAUGUGGGCAAAGCGAAAGCUUCGUCCUCGACUUCUAGGAUGGCACCAAAGACUAGAGGGCGUGGCGGAAAAGUCCAUGCUCGAGGAAAUUUGUACGACAAGUACGCGAAUAAGGCUAAAGAGUCGCAAUAUCAGCGUGACGCCGCACAACAUCAGUUUCUUGCUGGCGAAUACAAUUUUCACAAUACGAAUACUGGUAGCAGUAGAGGACAACAUCUUGCAGGUGGAGGUACUGGUGUGGAAUCGAGUCGAAGUCGGAGUAAUUCCCAACAGCGAUCUAGGAUUCCUGGUCCUAGUUGGAACAAUACGAGUGUUUCCUCUAAGAAUCUGAAAAGUUAUCAGCCUCCUUCUCGGAUAAAUCAUUAUCAUGGUGGAGGACAAAACCAAAGGCCUCGCAGUCAGAGUCUUGAGCGGCGUGCAAGGAGUGGCAGUGUUGAGCGUGCGAGAAGCGGGUCACGACCAAGAGCUGGGAGUGGAAGCAAUUAUGAUGUUGGAGGCAAGAACUUCUUAGGUGGAGAGCCAUCCUCAAGCAUGACGAGAGGUACAUCGUCGACAAGAAUUGUAGGUCAUGGUAUUGGUGGAUCUGCUGGCUUUGGCGGGACAGCUCCUGCCCGAGCACGAAGCAGGAGUGCGUCCGCAGAACGCGCACCAAGAGGACAGCACAACCAAAAUGACGACAGUUUUCAAGCAAGCAGACGUGUAGCAGAGUCGUCAAGGAAUCGAUCUGCCUCUGUCCCACGUUCACGAGGUCCAUCAGCAGAACGCUCAAUUUCAAGGGGACGAAAUCAAAGAGGCCCCUCACCUUCUUCUUCUUCAAGUACGACAAGGAGAAACGAUGUUCUAGCGAACUAUCAACACUCGAACCAAGAUCAUGACCGUCCUCUUUUUCGAGCAGUGUCGCCGUCGACUAGGGUCCAGUUAGGACGAUCAGAGCUGCCCCUUUCUUCUCGUGGUGGUAGUGGAACGCCCAAGCGUAUGAGUGGUCCAGAGCAAGCGCUACACUGUGACCUAUUGACCAGAGGCGUGAGUCCGAGUCGACGACCGGGAGGUGCAUCAGGCAGUUCGGCCUCGCUGAGUAGCGCUGGCGGUUCAAAUUCAGCUAAUGCUCAUGAGAAUGGAGCGAACAUCAAGUAUACCAAUACCAGUGGAACUACAACUAACGCUCGUGGUCGUGAUGGCGAUCUGUUCUUGCGCGAUACUAAUAGUACUGGUAGAGUAGGCGCUGCCUCAACAUUUUCGUCAACAUCAGCGUCGAAUAUGCCAGCAGCUGGCGCGCCUUCAUCUUUUGGGAGAGGACCGAACUUUACCACAUCAAAUUCCAACAACACUGGCACCGCUCAUCGCAACCGAGGAGCCCAGACCAGGCCACAAUCACCAAGAAACGGAGCCACGACAGCACAGCAUCUUCAGAAGGGUUCACCCAGCUUCUCUCAACCUCAUCAACAUUCGAACGUUAAUCGAACCGCAGCAUCUUCAUCUAGCAGUAAUAAGAACAAUAUGAACUUGAUGAGCACGACGAAACACCAGGGAAAGGACGCCAGGCCACGUGCAGGACCAACCACACAAGGCGCGUUGAAUUCGAGUUUUUCUCGUGGAGGCUCAGGCUCUGGAAAUCCCAAUGCGGACAACAGUUUCAGUCGGAGACCGUCCUCACCUAAGGCUCGAUUUACGCGGCAAGUUUCCCCUAGAAUUGAUACGGGGUUAAGGAGACCUGCUAACAUCUUCAAGCCUAGUGAGGGAUCUGGAUCGCAUGCACCUGCAGGCUUGCGCAGUAGUCAACAACACAGAGGAUACAUGAACAAGCUAGAUUUUCAACAAGAAGGGGUGGGAGGUCAAACUCAGAGGAGGUCCUCUCAAGACUCGUUACGGAGUCGUUCGAAUAGCCGAGAGCGAGGGUCAGCACAAGCAGCAAACCAGCAAACUAAUGAUGGACGACAACUACACACAGGUGGUGUCCGAACCUUACAAGCGUUUGCUCCUGGUCAGCAGCCACCAAAGCUAGGGUAUCACGUUGAUCACAACCACUAUUCAUCUGGUAGUGGUGCGGCCACGACUGGUGGUCGUGAUGCUGCAGCUGGAGUUGUUGGAGACAUUGAUUAUAGAGACCAGCAAGAUCGCUCUCGCUCUCGCUCUUUGUCGCAGAGUCGUAUGCGAGCGAUUUCUGAUGAAAAUUUCGAUUCCCGUCCUCCGGGAGAAGAUCGUUUGCGUCCGAGUGCAGCGGGCUCAGAAGGGCUUGUAAGGGACAAGCCUACUGUACUCCAGGACGUAACCGCUGGAUUCAACUCGCCUGUGAACAAGAGGAAUAACACCUCUGGUAAACCACCGAACAUCCGAGGGUCACUGGGAAAGCCGCCCAGGGCUAGUGGCGAUCAGCAAGUAGAAGGCAAUUAUACUGGUGAACUAAGGGGUCGCGGCGACGAUUUGCCUUCAAAGUUGAGGCAACCACAGUUGCGUUCUCAAUCACGAAGCAGGACGUCUGGGAAUAGAACGUCUGCGGAAUGACGAAGCGACUAAACUAACAUUCUUGAUGUCAGUGACAACGAUCAUUGACUAACUUCAACACUCCAUCGAUCACUGAGAGCUUGAAUACCACUGAGAGGCUGAAUCAUCCUUCCAAUGCGAGUAUUGUACGCGUCACUCUCUCAGAAAAAAUACUUCUUACUACUCCAUGAGCUCCUCCUGCUCGGAUUGCAUCUACUACGUAUUAAACGCCUGUUGAACAAGAUCAAAAAAAAAUGUCAGCAAGAAAAGUGUCAUACUUGUACGUAAUUAAGAACUCUAGAUCCGUGAAUGAUUCCUGAACGUCCAAGUCUAGGUUCUAUGAUGCCUUUCAGAGGAUGAUGAUUCUUAUUUGAAGAUAUUUUAUGUAGCUGAACCAAAUAAUAGAAGAACUAAUCCAUGAUGACUACAUGAUCGAUGAAUCUGUCAUGCUUAUCUAUGAUGCGGUGCUGUAUCACUUGCAUUUCGACGUAUCUAUUACGAUUCAAAUUCUUAAUUAUUCCAACAUUUCACCGCAAAUUCACCAACUAACAAGUUGUUCGGUUGUAUGUGCCAUCAAGAUGAUUCUAAAAUGAAUCCUUGAGACGUUAUUGAUGUAGGGACAAGUUGUACUUCUUAGUAUGACGCUGUUGUGAUAACGAAACUCUCUACUUAGUAUGAUAAUUCCUUCAGAAGAUUUUGACGAGUACGCGAUCAUGGAUAACCAAUUCAAGUACAAGGUAGUUUCUGUCGAUCAUUGAUCUACAUUUUCAUUGAUUUUCAUCUAAAUCUGAAUCCUAACAAAUCCAAGCUGAAAGUGAAUAAUGACCGUUACUAGGGAAAUCAUCUUAGGCACUUUGCGGUAUAGAAUCUAAAGAUUUACUCAUCAAAAAUGAUCGUUCUUGUCUGGAACUCGUCUUCGAACAGAAUCAAUGAGUUUCUACAACCUUCAACUAU